CAGGUGAAGAAGUGAGAAGUAUCUCACUGAAAUAACUGAAAAAACUGUCUUGCUGAAUUUGCUCUUUUGGGAGUUCAGGAUGGAAGCCUUGUGUUUCAGCAUUUCCUUGCUGCUGCUGGUUCCAGGAUUUGUCCUCAGUGACAGCUCUGACAGAUACGCUGCCAAUCGGAGUGACUGGGGAACCCACCUUUCCACUUUCUCAGGGAUGGAAUCCAGCAUUCUCCUCACCACCAGACAGCCCCUGGUGUCCAACCAAACUGUCAAAUGCUCCCAGCAGACUAAGAUUGCAGAAACUUUUAAAUACAUCAACACGGUGGUGUCCUGUGCUAUUUUCAUCGUUGGAAUGGUCGGGAAUGCAACCCUGCUGCGGAUCAUUUACCAGAACAAGUGUAUGAGGAACGGCCCGAAUGCACUGAUAGCCAGCCUGGCCCUAGGAGACCUUAUCUACAUUGUCAUUGAUAUUCCUAUCAUUGUGUACAAGCUCCUUGCUCAGAAGUGGCCUUUUGGAGAUUCUGAAUUUGGACAGUUUCUUUGCAAAUUCCUUCCCUUUAUACAGAAGGCAUCGGUGGGAAUCACAGUCCUUAAUCUCUGCGCCCUUAGUGUGGACAGGUAUAGAGCAGUUGCCUCCUGGAGCCGCGUUCAAGGAAUUGGAAUCCCUAUGAUCACCGCUAUUGAAAUUUUCUCCAUUUGGCUUCUGUCCUUCAUACUGGCUAUUCCAGAAGCAAUUGGUUUUGCUGUGGUACCUUUCAGAUACAAGGAUGAAGGUUAUGUUACCUGCAUGCUCAAUCCUACAAAUAGCUUUAUGUUGUUUUACAAAGAUGCAAAGGAUUGGUGGCUGUUUGGUUUCUAUUUCUGCAUGCCACUGGCGUGUACUGCCAUCUUUUAUACGCUAAUGACUUGUGAAAUGUUAAACAGAAGAAACAGCAACUUGAGAAUCGCUCUCAGUGAACACCUUAAGCAGCGUCGAGAAGUUGCAAAGACAGUCUUCUGUUUAGUCGUGAUUUUUGCUCUUUGCUGGUUCCCUCUCCAUUUGAGUCGAAUUUUGAAGAAAAUGGUAUACAAUGAAAGAGACCCCGGCAGAUGUGAACUGCUCAGUUUCUUGCUGCCAUUGGAUUAUAUCAGCAUCAAUCUGGCAACCAUGAACUCUUGUAUAAACCCAAUAGCUCUGUAUUUUGUGAGCAAGAAGUUUAAAAACUGUUUCCAGUCAUGUCUUUGCUGUUGCUGCUCCCAAUCUAAGAGUCUAGUGACUUCAGUGCCCAUGAAUGGAACAAGCAUUCAGUGGAAAAAUCAAGAACUAAACAACCACAAUACAGAUCGAAGCAGCCAUAAAGACAGCAUAAACUGA